GAGUUGUCAAACGGGCUCUGUCCAGCGAAGCAAGUGCAAUUCGUCGUCACAACUUUGCUCCUUUCGUAGAUCAGUUUCAAUACGUGUUGUUUGCUUCGAGAAGCCUCCGGUUCGGGCAAAAAUUGUUUUCCCGAUUGUUACGAUUCCGUUGCAGUCACACCAGUCUCCGUCUUUCUCCGGUUAUUUUCUGAACCUGUGGGAAAGUUGAGACAGAGUUAAGGCCUCACAAUAUACCUGCUGGAACAAGGGCACACAAUUGCGCUACAUUUUCUUUUUAGUUUGCACGUUCAACAAACCUAAACACACAUAAAAAUGGCCCCAAAGCAAAGAAUCCGUAUCGCCAACGAGAAGGCCAGCCGCAACAUCACGCUGCGUGGAAACGUCCCAAAGUCGACCAAAAGUGCCGAGGAGAAGUACCCUGUGGGACCGUGGCUGUUAGCGCUGUUCAUAUUCGUUGUGUGUGGUUCGGCAAUCUUCCAGAUCAUCCAAUCGAUUCGUAUCGCGUAAUGAACAUCGCGCGCAUACAACAACAUUCUACAAAACUUCUACAAUGCAAAAUACGCAAGCAUACUACAGUGGGGGAGAGUGGGAGGAUAUACACGCAUAAGUACACUACUACAAUACGCCAACGUCCGAGAAGUAUUUUCUCUAAACAUUUUUUUUUCGUGUGGAAAAAUCUGCAAUAUCUUCCCCUUUCGGAGAACCACCAACUGAACUGUACUGUAAAAUAUAGAAACACAAACAUACGCAUACAACACGCCACAUUUCACGUGUCUGAGUUAGAAGCAUUUACGGCGAAUAUUUGCUAAACGAUGCAACGCAAAAUCCAUCUCUUUUCUAAUUCUUCAGCACUGUGAUUUUGCUUUCCAUUCGCACGAAACAAAUUAUUGAAUGUGUAGAUCAUUAGGAUGGAUUGGACGAACUUCUCUAUCGACAUCUGCAGGGAACCUUAUAUGUUGUUCCGUUUGCAAUAAAUUUAUAUCCUUUUUGAUAUUCAUUUUAUAGCUAAGCUCAAACGAACCUGACCUAGCGAUUUCCUUUUUCCCUCCCUAAACAGAGAGUGAAACUACUAAAAGACAAACAAAAAUAUAAAUUAACAUUGGCAUUCGGUGAAGUCAAACAACAAUACAGAAGUAAAACAUCGGGGCCGUGGGAAAUCGUUUGCAAUAAAACAACUCGCAAAGGAAAAACACAAUGAAAAAGUAAUAUAUUUGAAUGUGCAAAUCUUUGAAACGAA